UUAUUAUUGCAAGAGACAAAUCGCUCGGCACGCCCGGACUGCCUCUGUGCCAAGACAGAGACGCAAGGAAGCGGUCGUGCGCUCCGGGCCACCUUCUUCUCCCUCCUUGGCGAAGUUUCCUGCCGCCGUGCCCGUCCGCGGGGCGCCUCCUUUGCGCAGGCUGGCUCCGCGGGGGCGCCUGUUUCCGCGGGACCCCGCUGGCCACAGCAUGGAGCAGCAGCAGCAGCAGCAGCAGCCGCGCCGAGGCGGGGAUCCUCGCGCAGCCCUGGGCGCUGCUGCCGAGACCCUGUAGCUUGCUUGCUUCCCUCUCUCUUCGCCUCUCCUCUCCUCUUCCUAUGGACUAUUGCCAGAGAUCGGCGCCUGCUUUCGGACCCUCCAUGCAGUAGGCUGGCGCGAGCUCUCCUGGUUCUAUAAAGUGGAUGUCAGGUGGAUCUAUGUUCCUGGAGGAACAAAGAGCAAGCGAAGGCAACGCGGUGGAAGUUUGAGCUGGGAGGAUGCAGCCGGUGUACUGGUACGCGGUGCUUCUGUUGCAACCAGCACUCUACCUGGUCACAUGCGCAAAUCUAACCAGUGGUGGAAAAUCAGAACUUCUAAAAUCAGGUGGUUCCAAAUCCACGCUAAAGCACAUAUGGACAGAGAGUAGCAAAGACUUAUCCAUCAGCCGGCUGCUAUCACAGACUUUCCAUGGCAAAGAGAACGAUACGGAUUUGAGCCUGCGGUAUGAUGCCCCAGAAACAUAUUCUGAGCAAGAUCUCUGGGACUGGCUGAGGAACUCCACGGACCUUCAAGAGCCUCGCCCCAGAGCAAAGAGACGGCCCAUUGUCAAGACUGGGAAGUUUAAGAAAAUGUUUGGCUGGGGCGAUUUUCAUUCCAACAUCAAGACAGUCAAGUUAAACCUGUUGAUAACUGGGAAAAUAGUGGAUCAUGGCAAUGGGACGUUUAGCGUUUACUUCAGGCAUAAUUCCACUGGCCAAGGGAAUGUAUCUGUGAGCUUGGUGCCCCCGACUAAAAUUGUGGAGUUUGACUUGGCACAACAGACAGUGAUUGAUGCCAAAGAUUCCAAGUCCUUUAACUGCCGCAUUGAGUACGAGAAGGUUGACAAAGCCACCAAGAACACCCUCUGCAACUACGACCCUUCAAAAACAUGUUAUCAGGAGCAGACCCAAAGUCACGUCUCCUGGCUCUGCUCCAAACCGUUUAAAGUAAUCUGUAUUUACAUUUCCUUUUAUAGUACAGAUUAUAAACUAGUACAGAAGGUGUGCCCCGAUUACAACUACCACAGUGACACGCCUUACUUCCCUUCAGGUUGAAGUGGGCCGCGCCUCUGAGACUGGAUCCUGUGGAGUAAAUAAAUACACAAAUAAAAUAAUGCUAAUUUUAAACAAAAAUAUGGGAAAAAAUAUGAAAAAGGUCACACGACAGGGCUGUUACCUCAAAGAAGAAGGCCACAUCUCUUGCCUGGAAUGUGUCUACACACUGCUGCUGAUGUCAACUGGCUGCAAAUAUCUUAGCGGAAACCAGUCUAAUGUCAUUUCUGCCCAGUCAGUUCCAUGUAUAUCAGUCCAGUUGUAAAUCACUGUGGAUUUUAAAUAAUACCACACACAAUUUCUCUCUCUCUCUCUCUUUCUCUUUCUCCUUCUCCCUCUUUGACGCUUGCAGAUCUAUCAAGAUUCCUGUUAAGAGGGCUUUCAUUGUCUGAUAUAUGAUGUUUCAGGAUAACCUAUCAUCAAGCAAAAAGGAUUAACUAGACAGAGGAUGUUUUGUUUUUGUUUUUCCACAGACUGUUAUGGAAAUCUUCUUUUACGGUCCUGAAUACAUUAUAAUCAAUAAUCCCCAUUCAUACAUUCUAUCACUUGGAGUAGCUGUACUGGUAAAUAAUAUUGUAGGAGUAAAAUGCUUGUUAAAACAGGGGUUGGGUGGGAAAUGUGUGUGUUUAGAGCUCAGUAUUCCUCUUUAUAUGAACACAACAAAGUAUAUUGACUUUUCUUCAGCACCCAGUGGGCACAUUCAAGGUGGUGUUAGGUGGGCCUUUUUUUUGGUGAAGGGAGCCUGUUGAACUAAUAAAGAUGAGCAAACAUUUGGAAUUUACAUGUGAACAGAAAGGUACGAUUUUGUAGUUUGGUGGUCAAUACGCAACCGAGAUACUCUCCAAUCGCCAUGUAGGAAGGAGAAUGCCUGAUAGGUAACAUGUAAGUUGUAAGUGGCCAUCUUAUCUUUAUAACACAAUAUUGUAACAAACAAACAAACAAACAAACAAACAAACAAUAUCCUAGUCUUCAUUUGUAUGAAUGGUUUGUAUUGUACAUAGUUUAACCUGUGUUAUUUGAGCUGCUUAUUAAUAUUAACUUGUAAUUGUCUCUCUGCUUGUUAUUGGUUAAAAAACAAGGAAAUGAGGAAUUCAUUUUAUCAAUGUAGCUGUAAACUCCAUUUAAGAAGACAGAAUUAUGUACAAAGCAUUUAUUCAGCUAAAGUAUUGUUGAAAGCUAUACAACUUACAACAUUUACAAUCUGUCUGUAUUUAGAUCUUUUGUUUCCAGGUGAAAACAAUUGAAAUGUACAUAAAAAAAAUAAAACACUUGAAUUCGAGUUUCAAUAUG